AUGGAUGAUCUGGAGAAGAUUAAGGAUUUCAAUAUCUUGACUUGGUGGAAAGCUUCAUCUGAAAGAUAUCCUAUUGUCUCUACAAUUGUAAGAGAUGCGCUUGCUAUUCCUACGUCUAUUGUUGCCUCGGAAUCAGCUUUUAGCACCGGUAGUCUGAUUCUUGAUUGUUAUCGAAGUUCUCUAUCCACAACGACAGCUGAAGCUCUUAAAGAGGAUGGGAACGUACUGGUAGAGGAAGCUCUCAUUAGGCGGAGAUGGCAGUCAUACUUCCAUAAACUCUUGAAUGGAGAACGUGACAGAGACAUUGUGUUGGGAGAUUUGGAGUACUUUGAGAGGCGUCGUGAUUUUGGGUAUUGUAGGAGUUUAAAGGCUGAGGAGGUUGGGGGUGUUGUUCGUGGGAUGCGCAGGGGAAGAGCGACCGGGUCUGACGGAAUUCUUGGGGAAUUUUGGAAGAGUGUAGGCAGGGCAGGUUUGGAGUGGCUGACUGGGUUGUUUAAUUUCAUUUUUAAGACGGCGAAGAUGCCCGAGGAAUGGAGAUGGAGUACAAUGAUUUCUUUUUACAAUAACAAGGGCGACAUUCAAAGUUGCAACAACUAUAAAGAAACCAUUCAUCUUGUAAGGAGACUGGUGGAGCAGUAUAGGGAGAGGAAGAGAGACUUACACAUGGUGUUCAUUGAUCUAGAAAUGGCUUACGACAAAGUGCCAAGGGAGUUUCUAUGGAGAGGCUUGGAGGCUAGAAGUGUACAUGUGGCUUACAUUAGGGCGAUUAAGGACAUGUAUGGGGGAGCAAAGACGAGAGUAAGGACAGUGGGAGGAGACUCAGAGCAUUUCCCAGUUGUGAUGGGGUUGCACCAGGGAUCAGCUCUUAGCCCAUUUUUAUUCGCCUUGGUGAUGCAUGGUUUGACACAGCAAAUUCAAGAUAUUUUCAUUAACCCCAAAAACGAUAUUGGUUGA